AUGGCCAGCGGGGAUGGCCCCGCGAGGAGCCUGGCCCUGCUGCGGCACAAGCUCUACCUGGGCGAGAGGAGGAGGACGGAGCCCGUGGUGGAGGGCCCCGCCGGCGGGGACCACGGCACCCUGCGUAGGAGUCAGUCGGACAGGAGCGAGUACAGCCAGAGGCUGCAAGAAAAAAUGGCCCCCCAGGCUGGGUCCUGCUCCCCUGCCACCUCGCCCCGGGAGAACGAAGACCAAAUUGCCAGGCAGAUGAUGGCCAGGAGGGUGAAAAUCAUUGCAGAGCUGAUACAGACAGAAAAAGACUAUAUCAGCGACCUCGAUCUGUGCAUGAGGGAGGUGAUUCAGCCCCUGAGAAAGGCGCAGAUGGCUCGCUUGGACGUCGACGGCUUGUUCGGCAACAUCGAGUCGGUCCAUCGAAUAUCAGCCAAACUGCUGUCACUGUUGGAGGAAGCCACGGCAGAUGUGGAGCCACCCAUGCAAGUAAUCGGGGAAGUGUUCUUGCAGAUUAAAGGCCCACUAGAAGACACAUAUAAAAUCUACUGCUAUCGGUACGAUGAUGCACACACCAUGCUGGAAUCCUAUGAAAAGGAUGAAGAACUGAAACAGCAUUUAAGACACUGUGUACAGUCCUUAAAAAAGAUAUACGACAAAGAAGGAAAGCCAAAUCUAAUGGACAUGGGWUCCCUGAUGAUCAAACCAGUACAACGGGUGAUGAAAUAUCCACUGUUACUCUGUGAACUCCUGAAUUCAACUCCUGCUUCUCACCCUGACCAUAAGGCAUUACAAGAUGCCCUUUCUGCUAUGAAGAACAUUAAUGUGAACAUUAAUGAAUUCAAAAGGAGGAAAGACUUAGUACUGAAGUAUAAGAGAAGUGAUGAUGAUGAAUCCCUUAAAGAAAAGUUCUCCCGACUGAAUAUUCACUCCAUUAGCAAGAAGUCCAAGAGGGUCACCAGCCAUCUGAAAAUACUGACAGGAGGAGAGCCUCAGGUGAAAGAUCAGACUUUUAAUAAGGAAGAAAAGCUGUUUCGAAGUUUAGAAAAGACAGUGAAACUUUGCGUGAAGAACYUUUCAUUCUUCUCACAGCAUCUACAGGAUUCCAUACAUCUGGCUGCACAGAACAUAAUUGGGCUUCAAGAAAUUUUGCAAGAUAAAGAAAAUGAAGUCAAUGACAGUUCAAUUAAACUGAACAACACUAGAAAUCUCUGUGGAGACCUUAUGGUUCAACUGGACAAGCUCAUUUUGGCUCCUCUCUCCGCACUACAGGCCUUGUUCCCAGGCCCACAAAAGCUCAUCCAGAAGCGCUAUGACAAGUUGUUGGACUAUAACAGCUGCUUUCAGAGGUCAGCAGGAGAAGAGCUGGACCUAGCAAAGAAAGACUAUGAGGCUCUAAAUGCCCAGCUAGUUGAAGAACUUCAGAUAUUCAACCGAGCAGCCAAGAAGAUUGUGUUGAGCUGCCUGCAUCACUUCAUUACGCUCCUCAGAGACAUCAUGUGUGCAGCACUGGAGUCCAGUUCUGCUGUGGUGGUGCCUGUUCCACUGUCUUCCUCAAGCAUCUGUGAAGUACAAAACCAGUUGAUGGAGGAGGUUCACAAGAUGAGUUUUGUAAAAGAAAACAGCAGUGCAACCUUUAUUGAGAGAAAAUUGAGCCUGGAGAAAAAGAAGCCUAUCUCAAUUCCGCUCGAAACCCCACAUCAAACAGAAGAGCACAGGUCCAAGCUGUUAUCUACAUACAGCACAGAGCUGCUGUAUCAAGCUAAGCGCAAAUGCAAUGCCACACAGGAAUAUGAUAUUGAUUUACACGAAGGAGAGCUGGUGGCUGUUGUGGAGCAAAAGGAUCCCUUUGGCAGUACAAGCAGAUGGCUGGUUGACACAGGGAUCCUUAAAGGGUAUGUGUAUUCCUCCUUCCUGAAGCCUUACAAUCCAGCCAAGGUGCAGAAGGAYGUAACAGAAAACAGCUUUCAUGAUGAUGAUUUUGAUAACAUCAGCCUCUUUGUCUCCUCACGGCCCUCCACUGACAGCAGUAUAAGUAGUCCAGGACACAGUACAAGUGACAGCAACUCCAACUCAUCUCCUACUGCCUUCUCCCCAAAUCCCACAACUAGUGGGCCAGAAGUUGAUGGUAUUCAAGAUGGGGAUGAUCAGCAGACAUUUUAUGCUGUUUAUGCAUUUCAAGCAAGAAAUGAUCAGGAACUCAGUCUUCAGGAGUAUCAGAGGGUCAGGAUACUUCGUUUUUCUGACCUGAGUGGCAAUAAAGAAUGGUGGCUAGCAGAAGCCAAAGGUCAGAAAGGAUAUGUACCAUCUAAUUACCUUGGGAAGAUGACAUACGCUUAGGAACAGAAAGGUCCAUUGAGCCAGUUCCUCUGAAGGAGAGAGAAUAAUAAUCUAUUAUAGUUUGCAGCAAGGCAAACUCACAGGUGAGUGACAGAAGCCACAAUAUGAAGUACAGCCCAGAGAUGAUAUU